GUGGGAGGUAGGUGAUCUGUGGUUUGUUUAUUGGUUGUAUCUUAUAACAUCGUUUUAAAUUUUUAUUUAAAUAAUGGCUCAGCGGUUUCCCGGCCCUGUGCCAAAUCAAAGUCCAGGAGGACCACCUCCUCAAAGAUAUCAACAACAGCCACCAAAUCAAGGAAUUCGGCAAUAUGCACAACAAAAUUUUCCUCAAAGACCUGGAUACAAUCCUCCACCACCAAAUAUACCAUCCAGUGGCGGUACAAUGAUCCAAAGACCUACUGGUGCUCCCUAUUCACCAAUGAGAGGUGGAAUCAUUCCGCCACAGCAAGGAAAUAAAAGGCCUGCAGAUAAUAGGACUCAACUGCAACAGAAAAGUAAUGAAUACAGCCAUAGUACAAGUAAGAAGAAGAAAAAGCUGGCAGAUAAAAUCCUGCCACAGAAAGUCAGAGAUUUGGUUCCAGAAAGUCAAGCUUACAUGGAUCUAUUAGCAUUUGAAAGAAAACUGGACUCUACUAUAAUGAGAAAAAGAUUGGACAUCCAAGAAGCACUUAAGCGUCCGAUGAAGCAAAAAAGGAAGUUGAGAAUAUUUAUUUCUAAUACCUUCUAUCCUGCCAAGGAACCUCAGCCUGAAGGGCCCGAUGGACCAUGUCAGGAAGGCACUGUCGCUUCUUGGGAAUUAAGAGUAGAAGGUCGUCUCUUAGAAGAUCCAAAGAACGAUCCAAAUAAAGUUAAACGCAAGUUUUCUUCUUUCUUUAAAUCUCUGGUUAUCGAAUUGGAUAAAGAGCUGUAUGGACCAGACAAUCAUUUAGUUGAAUGGCAUAGAACCCUAACCACCCAAGAAACAGAUGGUUUCCAGGUAAAACGCCCUGGUGACAAGAAUGUGCGAUGUACUAUAUUGUUGCUUCUUGAUUAUCAACCUCUGCAGUUUAAGCUUGAUCCUAGACUAGCUAGACUUUUGGGAGUUCAUACUCAAACUAGACCAGUCAUUAUUUCAGCUUUGUGGCAAUACAUAAAAACUCAUCGCUUGCAAGAUGCCCAUGAACGUGAGUUUAUCGUUUGUGACAAGUAUCUAGAACAAAUUUUCAACUGUACACGUAUGAAAUUUGCCGAGAUUCCUCAACGUCUGAAUCCACUAUUGCAUCCUCCAGAUCCAAUCGUCAUCAAUCAUGUGAUCUCUGUAGAAGGAGGGGCCGAGAGCAAACAAACUGCUUGUUACGAUAUUGAUGUAGAGGUUGAUGAUACAUUAAAAACCCAGAUGAACAAUUUCCUAUUGAGUACAGCUAGCCAGCAAGAAAUUCAAGGGCUUGAUGCCAAGAUUCACGAAACCGUUGAUACCAUUAAUCAACUUAAAACGAAUAGGGAAUUUUUCUUGAGCUUCGCUAAAGAUCCACAACAGUUCAUUCAUAAGUGGAUUGUUUCGCAGACUCGCGAUCUGAAGACAAUGACUGACGUGGUCGGAAAUCCGGAAGAGGAGAGACGCUCUGACUUCUUCUAUCAGCCUUGGGCACAAGAAGCGGUUUGUAGAUAUUUCUAUACUAAGGUACAGCAGAAGAGAGCAGAGUUGGAGCAAGCUCUUGGUAUUCGUAAUAAUUAGAUUUUUAUGUCUAGGAAUCCCAUUAGCAACUUAAGUAUAAAACAGUUUAGAUUUGUAAUUAUUUUGAUACAAUAAUGGAUCAUGUGUUAAUGGAAAAAUAACUAUUAAUAAACGAUUUGUGCUUUUA